GGUGGCUCCGCCCCUGGUCUGCCCCACCAUAUUCCCGUGCGCCUGGCCAUGUCUUCUUAUUCCUCCGGUUGGCCACCCUACAGCGCCGCAGACGCUCGCUGCCGCCGCACACGUUGACGUACGGUCGGAGCACCGACGUCCUGCAAAAAGUGGAGCUUCUAUCAGAAAACUCACACCGUUCGUACUUCCGGCCACCCCGCACAGACCUGCCGCGACCUGCGGAGAAGCUCGCCACCGACGCUCGCAGCCGCUGCCGUACGAUCUGAGCACGACCUUCCCCCGGAAACUGAAUUCUCGAUCACACCUAUCGUCGAGAGCAAGGCCGUGGCGAAGCCGUGGUCGAGACAAGUCGAGGGAACGCAACACCCGAUCCGUCAUCAUUGGUGCUUUCAUUGAGAGUGAUCGAUUGGGUGUUCGUGAACUUUUUCUAUCCCUUUCUUUUUCUUUUUUGGUCGAUUUGGGGGUUCGAAUUUCAUCAAUUUUUACCCAAAAUUUUCGAAUUUUUGUCUUAAAAAAAAAAGUGUCAUCUAGUCCUUUGUUUGAUUUUUUUUCG